AUGAAUAGCAUAAAGGACAAAAUUGAGAAGGAAGUAAAAAACUUUAAAAGAACAGCGUUUCUUAAGGGUAGCCCAGCGUAUAGAAUUAGUGUAUGGUUCUCUGGAAUAACCGUUGGACUCGUCUGGAUAAUCAUUAGCGAGUACAACAACCCGAAGAGUAACAACUUGUUUUUCAGAAAAAAAGAAGCAGAUGUUUUUACCAAGGAGGAAAUAGAAAAAUGGAACAAACCAUACUAUUCAAAAAAUGAAUACAACAAUGUCAUUUUAGAUUCUAAUUUAACGGCCGAUGAAAAGAGAAAACAUAUACUGAAAGAAAUACAUAAAACAAAAUGA